AUGCUGCCGCCUGCCCAGUGCUCGGAUGCCGCUGCGCUGACGCUUACGGCAGAGGAGACCACCACCCCUGAACUCGAGUGCCUGGGGGCAGCAAGCCAGGACCCGCCGCAGAGCGGCGCUGGCGGCACGCGCAGUGGCGAGCAGGAGGCGACAACUGCGCAGGCGCUCUUCCCCAUCUUUCGGCCUCGCAAUCAGCGCAAGUGCAUCCUGCUGGUCCGGCACGGGGAGUCAACCUACAAUAAGCUGGACAGCGAGUCCAAGGCCUGGUCAGACCCACCGGUGUUUGACGCCCCCCUCACACAGCGAGGCCACAGCCAGGCCCUGGCGCUGCGAGACCCGCUGCACAAGAUGGUGCAGAAACGCUUGCACGAGACCGGCGCAUCAGACCCGCUGUGGUUGGUGAGCCCCCUCACACGUGCCAUAGAGACGUUCAUCGGCUCGUGUCCCCUCGUGGCCGAUCGUCUCAAGGCCAGCGGGGCCAGCGGCGGUGCAGAUGCGGGCGGCUGUGCUGGAGGCGGUGGCGGCUGUGGCAGCGGUGGGGCAGGUGGUGCUGCACCCAACGUGGUCAUCCUGGGCAUGAUUGCGGAGCACUGCGCGACGUGCGGGGACGUCGGGCGGCCGUCGAGCGACCUGGCGCGGGCGUUCCCAAUCAUGACUCACCAGCUGAGGGAGCUGGAGGAGGUCUGGUGGUACAACCCAGAUCCGUUGGGGCGGCCCAAUUGCCACAGGCGCAAGCGCCUGGGGCGGCCGGAGCCCAAGGACCACAUGAGGCAGCGCAUCUCAGAGUUCAGCCGCUGGCUGCACGCGCGGCCGGAGCGCGUGAUUGUGGCCUUUGGUCACAGCCAGUUCUGGAAGGCCUUCUCCAACAGCAAGACCUCCCUGCGCAACUCCCUGGUGCACCACAAUGAUGGCCGCCUGUUCCUGAUUGACCUUGCAUCGACGCACGGCACGUUCAUGGACGGGUCGCGUGUUGCCCCCAACAAGCCUGUGGUCAUGAAAGAUGGCGCAGUCAUUGUCUUUGGCGGUGAGGAGGGCGCGACCACAUACGUCGUGCGCUGUGAAUCGGCGGCGGAGAAACGGCGGGGCGACAGCGGUGGUGAGCAGCAGCUGGAGCGCAAGCGGUCUGCACCUGGCGGGGCCCUGGCAACUGUGCGCGCCUCGCAUCUCCUGGUGAAGCACCGCAACGUGCGGCGGCCCUCCUCCUGGAAGGAGCCCACCGUGACACGCACCCCCGAGGAGGCCCUGCGCAUGAUUGAGGCCUUCCGCGUGCAGCUAGUGUCGGGAGACCCCUCUCCUGAGGAGCUUGCUGGCAGAUUUGCUGACCUGGCCAGCUCUGAGAGCCACUGCAGCAGCGCCAAGCGAGGGGGUGAUCUGGGGCACUUCGGGCGGGGCCAGAUGCAGGCUGCGUUCGAGGGCCCUGCAUUUUCAUUGGCAGUGGGGGAGCUGAGCGGGCCGGUGUCCUCGGACUCGGGAGUACACCUCAUCCUGCGGACGGCCUGA